CCUGCAGUGAACUCCGCUGUUCCGUGUCAUUCUUCCUCGUCCAAUAAGAGAAAAUAUAUUACUCACUAGCUCACUCACUUCCGGACACGACUGUACCGAGACUUGUCAUGGAUUAUGACCCAAUCUACCUCGAUACGUUCAAACACUAAAGAAUUUAUAACAUUACAUCGUGCGAUUCGACACUAAACUUUUCAACUUUGUGUGUAGAGGAGCUCGUUCGCAGCUUUUACGCGAGGAUUGUUUCACCCUUGCCUGGUUUGAAUGACAAAGGCGAUCCCGUGGGAAAACACGCGCGUUUACCAAGAUGGAUAAAGAAACAGGACUACUUCAGAUUUUGAUUUUGAUUAUUUCUCUUGUGGUGGUCUGUGAAAGUCGUGUGGUCAAGGUUCCACCCGGACCGCUGGUGCAUGUCGAGGGACAGCCUGUCUCCAUUCGCUGUGAUGUAUCUAACUAUGAGGGCCCGAGUGAUCAGGACUUUGAUUGGUCUAUGAUAAUCAAAGUUAAUGAACAGCUCAAAAUCAUUUCCACCUUUGAUCCCAAAUUCACCGACCCUUCAGUCCAGGACCGUGUCAAAAGUCUUGACAUCAUUGUUGAUAAGGUUGGGGAUGCUACUGCUGAGCUCAAAUUCAAGAAGGUCAGAGCAACAGACAGUGGAGUCUAUCGCUGCAGCACACCCAGCACUGAUUCGGUCAUCAGCGGGAACUAUUAUGCUGAUGUGGAGCUCAAAGUGAUUGGAGACAGUCUGAAGGUGGCACCAGUCAUUUCCAAAUCAGCGGUGUCUGAAGGAGAAUCAGUGGAGCUUCAGUGCAGCAUUACUCGGGGGUUCACAGGGCACACGUUCCUCUCAGUCACCUGGUCAGUCAAGAGAGAGAACAACCCAGCAGAGGACAUCUUGACUUUUGGGCCAGAUGAUAAAAUUAAUGUAGGUACAAGCUACACUCAGCAAUAUGCAGAUGGUGGAUUUCAGUUGGACCUUCGUGGAGGGGGCUUUUAUGGACUAGUCCUGAAAGGAGUGAAGCCGACAGACCAGGGAGUAUAUUCAUGUACAGCCCGAGAGUGGGUGAGACAGGGUGAAGAUGGAAAAAACUGGCGAAAAAUUCUGGAGAGGACUGAAGAAAUGGGAAAGGUCGUGGUUACGCCCACCGCUCAGUCUUUGAUGGUUACUGUGGGGAAGAACACCACCCUUAACGUUGAAGACGCAUUGAAUCUGACUUGCACAGUGGCUGCAAAUGGCCUGGCAUCUCUUAGCCUGGAGUUAAUGUGGCUGGUCAGAUCGAUUGAUGGAUCGGGCAGCCCAAAAGUUCUGAUCCAUGUAGGGCGUGAUGGACGCUUGCAAAGUGGGUCUGAGGCUGUGGGUUUGGUCAGAGUGAAUGAAGCCAACUUUAGACUGAUCCUUCCUAAGGUCCAGAGCUCGGAUUCUGGACUGUAUUCCUGCGUUGUCAAGGCAUGGCUUCCACAGGGCAAUGAAAAAUGGUACCAGGCAGCGGAGAAAACAUCUGAUCCAGUACAGGUUCUGGUGACUCAUCUAGAGCCAAAGUUUAAGGUGACCCUAGUAACUUCUUUGGCCCCUCAGUUUACAAGUGAUCCCACUGAAUUGCGCUGUCAGGUGACCGACCUCCUUAAUCUCCAAGAUGGCCGUCUAGGCGUGACCUGGUCUUACUCUGCUAACACACUUGGAGACGUAUCUCAGAAGAAAGUCGCAAUUGCGUCCCUGAAUGAGGAUGGAGCUUUGAUUACAGGCAGUGAGUACCAGCAGAGGCUCGAGAGUGGAGACAUAGCAAUCAGCAGGAGAGACCCCAACAUCUUCAUUUUGCGAAUGCUUCAGACAAGAGAUGCAGACAUGGGCUCUUAUAUGUGCUCUGUAACUGUGUGGAAUCCCUCCAGGAAAGGUGGAUGGGAGAAAGGAAUAGAAGUCCAGUCGACUCCUGUCAUUGUUCAGUGGUCACCAAAGAUGCCGGUUUUGCAGGUGUUAGCACAUCGUGUGAGAGAAGCCUCCUCUGGUGGAUCCACAUUUGAGAUGAGCUGUGAGGUAACUGGUCAGAACCUGCAGAAUCCUGGUUACUCCAUACUCAUCUUGUUUGAGCCGACCCUGGGUGGAAAGUCACGCAAAGUUUUAUCACUAAGUCCGGACUCAGUCCUGCAGUUAGAGGAGUGGAGCGAGCCGAGCAGGAUUGACAGCGUGGUUCUGGAGAAGACUGGGCAGCUGGAGUACCGGUUCCGUCUGUAUGGGGCCCAAGUCUCAGAUCGUGGGUUCUAUUAUUGCAUUGUCACUGCCUGGAUGCGUGAUCAGAGCCAAGAUUGGAUCAAAGCCACCAGUGCAGAGUCAAACAAGAUUGAGAUUGCUUUUACAGACACAGGUCCAGUUUUCAACAUAUCCAUUCAGUCAGAAGCCAGCAAGGUAUUAUCUGGGGACACAGUCAAAAUUAAGUGCAUUAUCUCACCAGUUGGUACUGCUCCAAACCCUGGUGAUGUGGCGUUUGACGUACGAUGGUUCCAGAAUUCGGGUAGGGCUGUGGAUAAUGGAGGUGUCGCGCCUCUCGUCAGCAUGGACCGCUGGGGAGUGGUAAAGAAGGCUGGUUUAAAUGACAGCACUGAGUGCAGUUUGGAACGCAGCGACUGGCAUACAUUUGUCCUCAGCGUGCAUAAGACCAACGACGGGUAUAUGGGAGAAUACUACUGUACUGCCAUACCCUGGCUCCUGUCUCCUGCUACUGGAACCUGGACCAGGGGCCAGGACCUCAACUCUGCCCCUGUUUUUCUCGCUGUAAAAGUGGAAUUGUGGGAAUCUUUGAAGAUGCCUAUAAGUUAUGGUGUAGUUUCUGCUGUGAUCGCUGGUCUCCUGUCAGUGCUGCUGGGUCUUUUAGUUGCACACUGCUGUUUCUCCAGAAACCCUUUGCACUCACCACGACCUCGCAACAAGCUUAUAGACCAAGAGAUGGAUUAAAGCCAUGACAUUUCCUACCACUGUAAUAAUCAAGCCUGCCCAAAACCACUUUAACCCAUUUGUAUUAUGCUGUGGGGGAGAAAGCCUUGAUAUGGAUAUGCACAUUGGUUAACAAGAUAUGAGGACCUGUUAAAAAUUGUAUGCACUCUGAGGAUUGGGCCACUCCAACUGACGGUCACUUCCUGGUUCCUGUUGUUCACACUAGAAAGAGAUGCGCGCUAUCAGGAAUCAAGCACUGAAGGCCCUGUUUAAUGUUUUUCUUUCAACAUGUAAAGUAUUCGGACUGCUGAGUGAGCUUUAGGAAUUGCAUUAGGAAUGCCAUCUAUCAUUGCUUACAAGACUGCAAUACAGCCCAACCAGCAAUGUUAUGAUAAAUAAUAUUUUUAAUUUUAAUCAUGGGAAGGACUCUAACGAAAGAGCCAAGAAUCUUAGAGCUCCUGCACAUUAUGACUCUGCUUGUUAUUAAAUGUUAUGCUGACUCAUUUUGAAACUUUUGUCAUCUUGGAGGCUUGGUUAGUCAUAUCCACUGUACUUUCUUUUCCUGUCAGAGUAUGAUAUUUCAAAAACCAAAUUUUGCCUUUCAAAGUAGUGUUUGUCGUGGGCUAAAGGAAAGGAAAAUUGAUGUUUGGCUGGUGGACACUUUGGGACUGCACUCUUUAAGUGACUGCUUACAAAAGAGCAGACCGGACAUUGCUUAAACAGUCUGCUAUAAAGAACGCCUGUCUGGUUAGAGACAUUUCAAAAUUCCUGAUAACUAAUAACCACAUUGUUGACUUUAACAUUGUUGUUAAAUGCUCUUUGCUUCACACAAACUAUGAGUAUCUAUAUAAGUUUAUUUGAUUUGCCUGAUCUUUGAAUCACCUCACUGCACUGUUACUAGCACACACUCACAUGGUUGUAGUGUCUUUUAUUGUGCAUAUACUGUACUCUCUUUAAACCAGUCGUGUGGUCAGCUAAGUGUUUUGUAGAAAUGGAAACAUCUUCGAGCAAGUGUCACCUUCAGAGCCACAUUUAUAGAGAGAAGUUAACGAGUUUUACUUUUAUAUUGUUGGUUUAUGAAUAUUUUAAAAUAGAUAUUUUUUUAAAUGUUUUUUGAAAUGUAUACUAUUUUUCCCUAUUUUGCUAAAAUGCUUUUAUUUUAUUUCAUUCUGGAAACGGAUGAAACCAACAAAUAAAACUUUUAAUAUGGAGUUAUUUUAA